AGAUAUAUACUUGUACUACAGAGAACUGUCAAACGCGAUCUUUAUAACCUCAUUCAUUUAACAACACACCAUACGUCAUAUCACGAAAUAUAUAUAUGUAGAGGAGAUGAAGGUCGUUGAGGUUGCUAUGGAAACACAACAAGAAAAGAAGAGGAGAGUAGUAGAGAGAAAGGGAUAAAACGGAAUGUUGAACAAGAUGUUUGACAAAUUAAAAUCAUAAAAGGAUCUAAAACGAUUUAUAUUCAAUAAAUAAUAUCAGUUCAUUUAUUAUUUGAAUUAGUGUUUGAUUUAUUUUAUCCUUAGUGUUUAAAUCGUUUAAAUCAUGUCUCAUCGAAAAGUUAAUAACAUCGGAAUAUCUCCAACGAAUAACCUUGCAUCUACAUCAGAAGUGGGAUCUGCUCAAGCCCAAGCUACAGAAAAUAGUGCGGACAGUGCAAAUAACGAUUUAAUUUGGCGCGAAAUAUUCGAAUCACAUACGCAAAAUAUAACCCAACUCAUAAAUACAUUGCGAGCUCCUGUCAGUUCAAAAUCAGACAUAAUUUCUCUCCCAAAAUUUAACCCCGAUAUUAAAGACUGUGAUGCAAAAGCCUGGUCAUCGACAGUGAACAUUUGUCUUGCGGAACGUUCUUUAAGUGGAAGUGAAUUACUAAUUGCACUAAGUAAAGCUUUGAAAGGAUCAGCUUCAGCAUGGCUAUCUCAAGUAACUUUUCCAAAUAUGGAUUGGCCACAAUUUCAAGAAAUUUUUCUUUCCCGUUAUGCCACCGUAGAGACAAAUACUGCGGCUCUAAUGCGAAUUUUGAACAUCAAACCAACAGAAGGAGAAUGUCUCGCAGCAUACGCAAGCAACCUCAUAUCCUCAUUAUUAACAAAUUGGCAAAAUUUGAGUGUAGAAAAUAUAGCUGUUGCUACUGUUCUCAGUCACAUCGCAAAACUCGAACCAAAACUACAACGCGUAGUUUUUACAGAAGAAAUCUCUACAAGGAAUAAAAUGCAGCAAGAAUUGAUGGCGUUUGCUUAUCGGAAACGACCACUUAUCGAAAAUGAUGAUUCGACUAAAACAUGGAAGCGCUUAAAAACGUCAAAAAAAUGUUAUACUUGUGGAAAAAUGGGCCAUAUCACUGCUGAAUGCUGGAACAACACAAGCAACUUUAAUAAAAACACGUCAAACAAAGAAGACACAAAUCAAAUAUCCAACACAACAACCUCAAAAUCAACAAUCACCUGCUUUAAGUGUGGAAUGAUGGGUCAUAUUGCAUCGAAGUGUUCAAAUAAAGAGCCACCAAAACAGACUGAACGACGAAUCAACUUUUGUAGUAUGAGACCUAUCACUGGAACUCUAACACAAUCCGACGACGAAGAGGCAGUAGUUUCAGACAGUGAAGAAGCAAAAGAAGGAACUGCCACUUCUUUAUCACACGAGGACGUGUGAAUUGUCAGGAAGGCCGUGUAGAGGAGAUGAAGGUCGUUGAGGUUGCUAUGGAAACACAACAAGAAAAGAAGAGGAGAGUAGUAGAGAGAAAGGGAUAAAACGGAAUGUUGAACAAGAUGUUUGACAAAUUAAAAUCAUAAAAGGAUCUAAAACGAUUUAUAUUCAAUAAAUAAUAUCAGUUCAUUUAUUAUUUGAA